AUGGGUUUCCGCAUACUAGGUAUGGUUAGACAAGCAUCAUUUUCUGCAGCCAAAGAAACUCGCAAGGGAAUUGAAGUCCCAAAAGGCCACCUUGCAGUCUAUGUUGGAGAUAAGAUGAGGCGGUUUGUGAUUCCAGUAUCAUUCUUGAACAAACCUUCAUUUCAACAAUUACUGAGUCAAGCCGAAGAAGAGUUUGGAUUUGAUCAUCCAACAGGUGGUCUCACAAUUCCAUGCACGGAGGAUGAGUUUCUAAACCUCACUUCGCUUGAAUGA